AUGUCGCUGACCCACCCAACUGAACGAUCGCCCAACGAGUCCAUAUCUCCCCUAGCGCGCACGGAGAACCGCUGCAAACCUUGGACUGUUGAAGUUGCGAGUGACAAGGGCGUUGGGAUCGAAACAUGUGCAGGAAAUAGCCUGUGGUUUAGCGAAGAGACCAGCGCUGGGUUGGAGUCGAGGAUGGAGAAUGGAGGCAGGCGUCUAUGCUUGACACCUCCCAUCGACGAAAGAAAUUCGACGGAAUCACCAUCGGCGCCGCCGCGAUGUGAAGCUGAAUACCAGCAGCAACACAAUGCUUCCAACCGCCAUCCUCUCCUGCCAUCAGGCCAUUCUCUUACUAGGAGUCUUCCACUCGACUCUAAGACAACCGAAGACGGGUUCGCAUACGAAGUCGACGACGGAGACGCGGCCCAGCAACGCGUCACGCUUGAGAACCUGCUCAGCCCUUCGUUCAAUGCGACUAUUGUUGUGGGCGUGUUUGGGUGCGUCGACUGA